CAUCAGCACACGACCACGUCAGCAGUGUAGGCCUACGUCAUGAGCCACGCAGACGACACGGCCUGUGGCUGCUGCCUACCCCUCUUCAGGCGGCCUGUGCCGCGCUCUACCGCCAGGAACAUGCUGUGGGCGCACAAGCCCUGCAAGGUGCUGCUUUACCCAGAGGAAGGUUGGGCGCGCAGUGCCAUGUCUUCACACUGGCUUCUGCUGCCGUGUUGGUGGAGCCGGUCUCGCUGUACAGUUGUCGAGGUCACAGGCACCAGGAGGUUUACAACUCAAGCUGAAAUGACUAACAAUGGUCACAAUGUUUGUAUCGUUGGUUCAUUUAAGAAGACUGUAGGUGAUCCUGACUUCAAGCUAAACCUGACCUGUAAUGUUUCUAUGGCAGAUUUCAACAUGGGCUACAUGAUGACAGGAUCAUUGGAAAGAGGCCAUAGGAAGAAAAAUGUGUAUCAGAUGACUCACUUCGCAAUAAUACAGAGGAUAGACUUUUCAAUUUCUUAGGAAAAAUGUUGAGGAUCUUCAAAA